GAAGCAAUAUUCCCAGAAAUUUCGGGUUGCGUGUCGUUCUUUAUAUAUUGUUUUUAUUUUCCUCUCAGGAGAUAUUGAUUUUUUGAAGUUGUGUGAAUUUGAGAAAAUUCGAAUGCUCUGUUUUGUUUUCUCGGGAAAAUUAUCAGUGAGAAAAUCAGAGGAGAAGAAAGAGAGAUAGAGAUGAGAGGCGGCGCGAGUGGAAACAACGUUAUGGAGACUAUAAACGCAGCUGCUACUGCUAUUGCUUCCUCUGAUGAUCGUGUUCGUCAAGCUUCUCCAAUUCGGAAGAAGCGAAAAUGGUGGAAUCGGUGGAGUCUCUUCAUAUGUUUCAGACCUUCAAGACAGAGAAAACGAAUAGGAAAAGCUGCUCUUGCUCCUGAACCGGUACAAAUCUCUACCGCCGAUUCGACAUCAAAUCCUUCCGGUUAUCGUUCGGUUAUCACGGCGCUUCCUUUUAUAGCUCCUCCUUCAUCUCCAGCUUCAUUUUUCCAAUCAGAGCCUCCUUCUGCAACACAAUCACCUGUAGGAAUCCUCUCUUUUAGUCCUUUGCCUAACAACAACAACAACCGUCCUUGGAUAUUCGCCAUUGGACCUUACGCUCAUGAAACUCAAUUGGUUUCUCCUCCGGUUUUCUCUACUUACACCACUGAACCAUCUUCAGCUCCAAUCACACCUCCUCUUGAUGAAUCCAUCUACUUUACCACCACAACACCUUCUUCACCAGAAGUUCCUUUCGCUCAGCUCUUUAACUCAAACUUUCACAACAAUAACUAUGGUCAUAGGUCUCCAAUCUCUAACUAUGAGUUUCAGUUUUACCAACUUCCUCCUGGUAGUCCACUUGGUCAGCUUAUUUCUCCGAGCUCGGUUGUAUCCGGUUCUGGUCCAACUUCUCCUUUUCCCGAGCGGUUCCCAAUCUCUGACCCUCCAAAACUGUUGAGCCCUGAUAAACUUCAUUGCUCCGAGAGUGUUACAACAACUCCUAAAGUGGAAGAGCAGAAGAUUGUGAGACCGCAUAAACCGGUUUCGUUCGAUCUUGAUGCGGAUCAUGUCAUUAGAUGCGUGGAUCAGAAGCUAAGAACUACGUUCCCUGAAGCAGCUGCAUCGUGUGAUCAAGAAGAAACGCAAGAUUCAUCUCUUGGAUCGAACAAGGAAUUCAAUUUCGGCACAGAUGAGAAACAUCUGACCAUUGAGGAACAUAGAGCUUCGACCAAGAACAGCAACGAUUGGUCCUUCUUCCCUGUGAUGCAAUCAGGUACACUCAGCUAACCUUGACCUCCAGAAGAUGUAGUCCAUAUAGAAACUGAAAUUAGAAAUCGAUGUGGACACAAACCACCACACCAAGAUAUUGUUCAAGAUUCGAGAACAAUAAAUAUUUGAUGAUGUUCUUAUAUAGAACUUUUAGAUGAUCUGUUCAAGAUCUUAGGGCUAUUUUCUUGUCUCUCUUUUAGUUUUGUAAUAAAUAUUUGACAUUCUUAGUUGUUGUUGUAUAUGGAUUAUUUGUCAUUUAUGUAUCGUUUUUUUUUUUUUGUAUCUGUAUCUUAUCGCAUUUGUAAAUGUAAUAAUUUCAUCUUUUCCUCCAGAGAAUUUCCAAUAUGAUUAUU